AUGGAAGAGUAUCGGUUUGCAAGCUCAAAUUCAUCCCAGAUACAAGUUCAACUCGUGGUUAGCUAUACAAAAAGGCUAGCUACAGUUGACAGACUACAGAUGUUUGGCAUUGAUGUGCCUAAAGACUGUGUCUUCUGUACUAGGAGUGAAGAAACUUUUGAUCACUUGUUCUUCACCUGCUCAUACACCAACAACAUUUGGGCUAGACUGCUGAAAUGGUUGGGGCAUACUAGAGUUAUUGGUAACUGGCAGGAAAAAAUAGAAUGGAUGAGCAGAAUGGCUAGAAGGAAAAAUGGAACUUUUGUCAUGAUGCUUUACUACAUUUGGCAUCGGAGAAAUUCCAUGAGAUUCCAAGGUGCUAGACUGGAAACUCAGAAGAUUUACGGAUAG